AUGGCAUCUCUCAACCUCCCCAAGAACGCCCACAUAUCCACGCAUCCGUGUCUCCAAGCUAAGCUCUCCCAGCUUCGGUCAGCAAGCACAGGGUCCAAAGAUGUACAGACGCUGGUGCAUGAAAUCGCCCUCAUGGUUGGAUAUGAAGCCCUGGGCGCUGGUUUGAAGGCACAGGAAGAUGGCACAGACAUAUCCCCACUGGGCUACUCCUACCCCACCACCACCACCGCCCCCCACCCAUCCUCGAUAUCCCUCGUCCCCAUCCUCCGCUCUGGCCUCUCCAUGAUACCCGCCCUCGCAUCUCUCCUCCCCCAACCAGUCCCCCAACACCACCUCGGUCUCUACCGCGAGAAAUCCACCCUCCAACCCGUGGAAUACUACAACAAUCUGCCCUACCACACCCCACACUCCAGCGCCUCAACCAAGCCCCAGCCUGAACUAGCCAUCAUCGUCGACCCCAUCAUCGCCACAGGCGCCACAGCAUGUGCGGCGAUCGAUACAUUGAAGGAUUGGGGCGUCAAGCGGAUCAUCGUUUGUGCGAUAUUAGCGACGGAGGAGGGGUUAAGGCGCGCGUGUGAAGAAUGGGAGGAGGGUGUCGAGGUCUGGGUUGGUGGAUGCGAUAAGGAUGUCGAUGACAAGGGUAUGAUUAAGCCUGGUCUGGGAGAUGUUGGCGACAGGCUGUUUUUGACGCUUGGGAAAUAG